AUUUUGAGUCAGGGAGUAUAUUCAACAUGGAUGUGUGGUUUGGUAGAGUAGACACGUCUUCAUGGAUAAGGUUGUAUCCAUUUUGAGUGACAUAUAAUAACCUUAAACUAAAAUUAAAAUCCUAAAGUUCAUCAAAAGGCAAAUAAAGAUUAUGAAGAGCAGUUUAGGAUUGCAGAAUGGAGAGCAAAAAGGAACAACCCUUGAUCCCUUAGGGCCACCUCAUGAGGCCGUGUUCCUUGUCUUGGCUUAUCUCCCUCUGUUCGAACUAUUAUGCAUCACUCAAGUUUGUCGGUCACUCGCAGAAGCCGUCAAUUGUGACGUUCUUCCAUGGCGGAUCGCGGUAAAGAAGCCGUUAAAUCGGCGGCUCACAGAUGAAAUCCUGUUAAAGAUCACGGCCGCCGCGGAUGGUCGGCUCACAACACUGGCUCUCUUCAAUUGUUUUAAGAUCACCGACUACGGCCUUUUACGGGUCAUAGCUAAAAAUCCUAAUAUCAGCAAGCUUUACAUACCUGGAUGCACCCUAAUAACACCCGAGGGAGUCAUUAAGGCAGUGCAACUACUUACAAAGGGUACUCACCGAUUGAAGAGCCUAAAACUAAGUGGCAUCUACAAUAUGAAUCCAGAAAACCUGGCCAUACUCCGCAAUCUACUGGGACAAAAUCAGGAAAACCAGAGCAUGAGGAACUUGUACCACAAACGAAGAAACCAUUCAAGGAUCAUAGGAGAAGACGAUGAUGGUGACCAUCAAUCCAUCGACAUAGAUGUAUGUCCAAAGUGUGCUGAAACACGGAUGGUUUUCAAUUGCCCUCUAGACUCUUGCAGGGGGUGCAUCAUUUGCAUUAAGAGGUGUGAAGAGUGUGGGGUGUGUGUGAAGGAUGACGAUGAUCGUCCGGAGGCAGCUUGCCUGGAUGAUUUGUGUUUGGGUUGCUGGAUAAAACUUCCCAAGUGCAGCUUCUGCAAUAGGCCUUACUGCCAUGAACAUGCAGAACAGCAGCAGUGUAUGGCUCCAGGUAGUGAGGGAUUUCUUUGUGUGGCUUGUCAUGAUAGGUUUCUAAGAGUAGUUUAAUUACUCAUUGUAUGUAUGUUCUAAGAUCAAGUAUC